CUCGUGUAGGGGAAGCCCCAUACUCUCAUAGCAUCUGUGCAUGAAGAUCAGGCCACAACACGCGUGUUAUACGUGGGUCAAUAUUCAUAUUAAUCUGUCUUAAGUUUAUAUGAUAAAGGAUGAUGAAGAUGAGGAAGAUGAUGGCUGCAGUGUGUGUGACACUUUGUGUCCUCGCGCCUGCUUUGGGAGGUGAACACUCACUGUUUUACACCUACACGGCUCUGUCUAAACCUCUCGAGCUGCCUGGAAUCUAUGAGUUCACCGCACUGGGCAUGCUCGAUGACCGAGAACUCGACUACUACAACAGUAAGACUCAGGUUAAGGUUCCUAAACAGGACUGGAUGAAGGAGAAGAUGGAAAAGGAUUACUGGGAUAAAGGAACUCAGUCCCGUAAGAGCAAAGAGCAGUGGUUUAAGGUCAACGUGGACAUCCUGAUGGAGCGAAUGAGACACAAUAAGUCUGACCUUCAUGUUCUUCAGUGGAGACAUGGCUGUGUGAUUGAGGGUGAAAAUGGAAAUAGUAAAUUUGUGAGAGGAAUUGAUGAGUACAGCUACGACGGCGCUGAGUUCCUCUCCUUUGAUGAUGAAAACUCGAGGUGGAUCGCUCCAGUUCAGGCUGCUGAGCCGACCAAAAGGAAAUGGGAUGAAGUGUCCAUCCUUAACACAUACACCAAGAGCUACCUGGAGAAAGAGUGUGUGGACUGGCUCACCAAGUUCAUGGACUAUGGACAAAAAGAACUGAGAAAAUUUUCUCCCCCAGAGGUGCAUCUACUUACAAAGAAAUCAGUGACUGACAGCAAAAAGCUGACCUUGACCUGCCUGGCCACGGGUUUCUACCCUCCAGAUGUGGAGAUGCAGGUGAGAAAGUCCAAAACUUCCCUGCCUGAACAUCUGCUAGUAUCUUCAGGAGUCAGACCCAAUGGUGAUGGCACAUACCAGCUGAGGAAGAGUGUGGAGAUCCUGGAGGAUGAAAAAUCACUGUACAAUUGUUAUGUGAACCACAUCACUCUGAAGAAGCCUAUAAUUGUAGGUGAAGGACAAGAUUGCUUUGACUGCUCCGUAGCUUCGAGUGGUAUCAUUGGAGCAGUGAUUGGAGUUCUGUUGGUGCUGGUUGGGGUUGCUUGUGUCAUCUAUAUUCUUUAUUCCAAGAAAUAUAUUGCUUUCUUGAACAGACCAACGAACGAACAACAAGCUAUGAAUGAAAAGGUGGCAUAUAUUCCAGCUCCUGCAGGUAUGUGGACAAUGAUUCUGUUUUGGAUAAAAACAAGCAGCUGGUAAGUAUACGAGCUGUCCCACUGGUCCUGUUCCUGU